AUGCCAACAUCCACAAUUCGCCUGCGGUCCGUCGCGCACCGCCUCGGCCCUUCGCCGAGUAGUAGUCUGCGCACCACUCCUUCCCGCAUCAUCAUUUCCCCCGGCGCCAAAAGGCAAGCUUCGACCUCGUCCAACGCCUCGGUCUAUGGUGGGCGCGCAAAGGCGGUGCUGUUUGGAGGCGCGCUCGCUGCCGCCACGUGCGUGGCCUACCUUUACGUCACCGACACCAGGGCUUCCUUCCAUCGAUACGUCGUCCCACGCUUGAUGCGAGUUUUGUUCCCCGAUGCCGAAGACGCCCACCACUCCGGUACCAGGGCGUUGGAGACACUCGACAGAUUCGGGCUUGCGCCCCGGGAGAGAGGCAGCUCGCUACGGACACCUGAACUUUCGACGGAGGUGUUUGGAACCCUGCUAAGCAAUCCGGUUGGAAUCUCUGCCGGCUUGGACAAGGAUGGCGAGAUUCCAGACGUUCUCUUUGGCCUCGGAGCCGGCGUCGUCGAGAUUGGCGGCAUAACGCCUCUUCCGCAAGCCGGCAAUCCCAAGCCUCGCGUCUUCCGAGUGCCGUCCACCGACGGCAUGGUAAACCGCUAUGGGCUCAACUCAAAGGGCGCAGACCAUGUCGCCAGGCAAUUGAGGGAGAGGCUCGGCCGCUUCGCGAGGUCCUCGGGCGUGGCCGAGCAAGACGUUCUCGACGGGGCUGCCAGAGUUCCCCCCGGGAGCUUGCGGCCGGGCAGGCUUCUGGCCAUCCAGGUGGCCAAGAACAAGGACACGGAUGAGCGGGACGAGAAGGCCGUUGCCGACGACUACGUAUACUGCGUUUCCAGGCUCGCGCGCUAUGCCGACAUCUUGGUCGUCAACGUGAGCAGCCCAAACACGCCCGGGCUUCGCGACCUGCAGGCCACGGAGCCCCUGACAAGGCUCCUCACCGCCAUCAUGGAGGAAGCAGCCCGGACGGACCGAAAGUCGCGCCCCAAGGUGAUGGUCAAGGUUUCCCCGGACGAGGACCGCGACGCGCAAAUCGAGGGCGUCGUCGAGGCCGUACGAAGAAGCGGCGUCGACGGCGUCAUUGUCGGAAACACCACCAAACGACGCACCGGCGUGGUUCCUCGGGGCGUCAAGCUAGGCGCCAGGGAGCAGCAGGCGCUCAUGGAGACGGGCGGCUACUCCGGCCCGGCCAUGUUUGACCGCACGCUGGAUCUGGUCGGCCGCUACAGAAAGAUGCUGGACGCGCGGCCCUGCGGCCCGGACGAGCACAGCAAGACCAUCUUUGCGACGGGGGGGAUUACCACCGGGGACCAGGCGCUCAAGGUGCUCAAUGCGGGGGCGAGCGUGGCCAUGGUGUACACGGGCAUGGUGUACGGCGGAGCGGGCACCAUUACGAGAAUCAAGAAUCAGAUGCGAAGCCGGCUGAAGGACUGA